AUGAUCAUUGGAGAAGCGCCGUCACAGUCUAGGGAACAAGAAAACGCUUUUGUAGCCUUGAAGCUUGAAGUUUCAUCAAAUACAUCCGAGAAUGAGCAAUUUUCAGUCAUAGCUACAUCCUUCGAUGACUCGAAACCCGGCAAUGAUGCAAUCACAAAUUCGAAUUCAGAGAUGCCAAGCAUUGCAGACAGCAGUCUCGGACAGAAAACAUCUACAGAGCUUACAAGCACCAGGGCUGCUCCAGCAACCUUCUUACGCUUUUCUCGUUUGCCUAUAGAACUUCGAAUCAAGAUAUGGCGCCACUCCUUUCCACGAUAA